AUGACUCUGAAAACAAAUGCUAUAAGGAAGCACUCAAGUUUUCUUGACCCCUUUUUGACUGCCCUAUACAACUAUGAUAACCUGAGUGAAAAUUCUGAAAUUAAAACUAUAAUUGAUAAAUUGGUGACAAGCCCUCACAGAUAUGUGAUACUUCUUCCAAAAAUUGAGAAUUUCUUAUUUGUCAGUGGUUUCAAAACUAAAACCCUGAACACUUUAUGCUCCGACCUUUUAUUCAUUCAGUCACAUAUCAUCGAUACGAAGACGAGCCAUUCAUUUGGAAAUGAAAGUUCAGUCUCCACCAUACAUGGUGACUUGAUCCUGUUCCAAAAUGGCGAGUUACUCACAAAACAAGGGGAUGUUGAAUCAGGUAAGAGCAAAGUUGACACCGAAAAUUUGAUUUACAGCACUGUAUCAUAUCUAUAUCCUGGGUAUAAGCUUCAAGUUUGCUUCAUAGAAUGUCCCUUGAUUUUCACGAGCGGGUAUAAGGUCCCUCAAAAUUCACUGAACCGUUUCCGAAAUAACAUCGAAGGCCAAGAUGGAAUCGUUAAGGAUGCUUCUUGUGAAGAUUUCAGCGAAUUAAUGAAGGAUUCACCCGAACUUGCUGAUUAUAUCGGACCCAAGUUUCGGGGACUAUUUUUGAGUUUCGAUGUUGGACGGGCUCGGAACGAAGGUGAACUCAUGUCUCUGUUUUUAGAUAUCAUAGCUGAAGCUUUUGAGAUUGUAAGGUCCCUUCCCACUCCAACUCAUUCAAUUUUGAUCAAGAAAUACAGCGAGGAAAGUCUUCAUCAAGCAAUCUAUGAUUAUGUGGAGAUGAACGUAUAUGAUAAACUGUGGCCACGUUUUCUAGAUUUUUGCAGAACUCCUACGGACCGGUUGUUAAAUGCCAGCUAUGAGGAUUUCCAGCAUAUGUGCAUAUCACAGCUUGGUUUACCAGACUUAGCUCUCGAGGAUACGAGCUUGAUUCAACUCUUUCUUGGCCGCGUUGUUAAGGUCAUCAAUGAUAUCAAGAUGCUGGAUUACCUAUUGACUUCUUCAAAAAAGCUCGAUGUUUUAUCUAGAGCCAUAAUUGCUUUAUCACACAAUCCGAGCAAAUCGAACUCCAAAUAUAUUAUAGACGCAGACACUUUGUUGUCCCUGGUGAUUCUUGUUUUGGGGACUGCAGGUGUAACUGAUAUUCAAUGUCACGUGAAAUAUAUCAGAAAAUAUUAUCCUUCACCUGAAAAAUUUCAAAGUGGUACUCUAGGAUACGUGAUUUCUACUAUAGAAGCUGCCCUUGGUUAUCUAACUGACGAGAGUAACAUUAGAUCACUGGCAAAACAAUGCAAAGCCAAUGAAGAGCUCUGGAAUACCAUUUGCUUUUCAGUAGAGGAUCCAUCAUGGACGACAAUCCCGAAAAAUAUUGACAGAGUACAGGAGCACUACCUCCGUAUCAUCAUCGGAUCUGAGAUGGUUCAUUCGCUUGCAGCAAAAGCUCUCAGAUCCAGAAAUUUGAGAGGCGAGUCCUGCCUUUUAAUGGCAAUAAAACACAGAAAUUGGCCCGCUUUCAAGACCUUAAUUGAUCUUUAUGAAAUUUAUGAUCUGAAUUUCAUCUUGACUGAUACCGACAUUUCAGGAUCGACUCUGCUGCAGUCAGCUUUAAUGGAGGGGGACAGUAGGGUAAUACAGGAACUUGUUGAGAUAAUAAGCGAAGCAACUGAAAGCGAAAUCGAAUUCUACUGUUCGAAAAUAAAUAAUUUGGGCCGCAACUUGGGACACUAUUUGAUGUAUUACAAGCCUCUUGUACAAAUAUUCGGAGCACGUGUAAACUGGAGACAGGUUGAUUGUCUUCACCAAACCCCACUUGCUACUAUAGUUCGUUGCUAUGAUCAUCCCAAUUACCAAGAUCUGCUGGAAGCUGUUCUGCAUAUUGUUCAUGAAUGGUAUGCAAAAAGAAAUCUUUCAUUUGAUCUCAAAGACCAUUUGGAUGCCAAGAACAAUUCCUUACUUCACUCCAUUAAAGAUGGAAGAACACUAGAUUCGCUUUUAAAGGUAUUUCCUGGGUUAGAUGUCAACUACCCAAAUUCUCAGAGUCUCACGCCGCUCAUGUUCUCCAUCAAGCAUAACAAAUUUUCGAACGUUUGUUCCUUACUAAGUGACGAAAAAAUUGAUAUUUCUAGAGCGAACGCGAGAAAUCAUCUUACGGCGUUCGAUUAUAUCAAGACUUCGAUGCUAGAAUCCUCAUUGCUGCAAGAAUCAGAGCGUUUUUCAAGUUUGCAUAGCUUCAAAUUGAAAGUGUUGACUAUCAUGAGUAGGUCGUUCUUACAAAAUUUGUGCCCAAAAAAUUCAAUCAGAAGUGCGGUGAUUAUCACAAGAAGAUAUAGCGCUGGUGGUGAUGCAUUUCUGUACUUAUUUCUCAUGUCGGAAAACAGCCUAUCGAGCCGAAAUGGUGGAUCUAUUGCUCGUCACAAAGAAUCAGAACUUCUUAAAAUGUUGACUGCCAUCAAGCUUUCACGGCCACAUGAUUUUCCCCAAAUGAGACUUCCUUUCUUAGAACAGUUGAGUAAUACUUCAAAUCAGCACUUCUCCUUUGGUCAUACGAAACGGCUAGUGGAAAAUGAUCGAACCUCCCAGCUCAACUUAUUACUGGCUUCUCUCACUAUGAACGAAGAGAGGGGAAUUGAUGAUGAAAUUUGGAAACUUCUGAGUAAAGAAACUUCACUAGGCAAUUCAAACCAGUCUCAACGAUCAAGUCCAGUCAGAAAAGAAUUCUCUUCUUAUUCUGUAUGUGAGAAUCUGAUUAGCGCUCAAAAUUUCGUCAAGCUUACUUGUGAUGAUUUGUUGAGGUGCCUUGAAAUAUACGAAAGGUUUCAUAGACAACAUGCGCUAUUGGGCAUUCUUUGGAGCGACAUUGAAAGAUUGUAUUCGUGGAAACCAUGUGGCACAGAACCAUAUGACAAGCUUGAUCACAUGUCACACUAUACGGGAAUUAAAGGCAUACUUAAUACCAGCGCCACAAUACUUUCGAUGUGCAAGAAUGCAAAUGGUGAGAAGUUGCUAGACGCCUUGAGUUUUUUCUUUUAUUUAGCCAAAGACCUUCGUGAUGAGCUGGAAUACUUCUCUGACGCAUAUAUCGAGAGGGGAUGGUCCUUAUUCAGUCAGAUUAGUGAGCUACAAGAUCAUUGUCGCGAGUUACUCCAAAGGCAGCAAUAUUCAUCGUUCGCGUCCACUUCAUACGCUCAGCUUAGUCAGUUGGCGGAAAGCUUAGACGAAUAUCUGGUAGAAAGUCGAUAUCCAUGUCUCAAGUCAGCCGGUGUGACCAAUGCUAGAAACUCUUCUACGACACAUUUUGCCUAUAAGCAAAGCUCGUUUUUCAGCAUCUUUGAUAUUUCGAGGUUUUCGGAGAAAAACAGGAUAAUGCAAACGAAGAAACUUGUAGAGAGCUUCAGCGCUAUCAAGGGUGACAUUGACGGGUUGGCAAAAAGAUUCAGAGCUGGUUAUGAGUCUCUUACCGUGGAGCUCAGUAAUUUCUACCUUUUCAAAAAACGAUUCUUUCCCAUUGUGCUCAAGCAGUUUGCAAAAAUGCAAAUAGAAACGCUCAAAUUACAGCACAACAGACUUAAACUUGACAGGGAACGCUUUUUGUUGAAGGAACCUACAUAA